AUGAACGCUUCAGGUGUGAAGGAGGCUCCUUCCGCGACAGUGAGGGUUUCUGCAUGGGAUAUUCACGGUGGCUCUUAUCCACCUUAUGAUAUCCUGCGGCAGAAACCGCCAGAUCGAUUGGAGCGCUGCUUGACCCCGUUGUCAACAGACAGCGGGAGUCAUGCCCUAGGACCGGUAGAUGCGAUCCUCAUUACGGGUGCUGCACCCGGGGUGUACGAGAUCGAAAGACACGCCUGGAUGCAGAAUUUGGAAGUUUACAUCCGGGUCGUUUUUCAAAACUACCGCCAUGUCCAAAUUUUGGGUUCCUGCUUUGGGCAUCAAAUAAUUGCGAAGACCAUUCUCCCAGACUUUGGAAGCACGUAUCAGGUUGGCGUCGAAAAAUGCCCCCUGGGUCGAGAGGUGGGCAUCUAUGAAGUCCAGAUGAAUCAUGCAUUUACCCGUACUUUUCCCGUUUUGAAUAAAUUGCCCGAAGGUAAACUACGGGUGCAGAUGAUGCAUGCGGAUUGGGUGUCGGUGACUCGCAGAGACUCUGAUAAGCGAUCUAUGUCUCUACCUCACCCGUGGCAAAACAUUGGAAGCACCGCCAUUUGCCCAAUUCAGGGACUUUAUUACCCAGGCAGAGUUUUUACCGUUCAGGGUCAUUUCGAGACUGGAUGCUUUUGCGAUGAUCAAAGUAUGUGA